CGCCAUCUGCUCGCGGCGCCGCCUCCCGCUCCUCCCGCCGCCGUCGCCGCCGCCGCCCUGAGUCACUGCCUGCGCAGCUCCGGCCGCCCCGUCCGAGCCUCCUGGAACGAUAUUUGGAGUUCUUACAAGAUGGCAGACAUUGACAACAAAGAACAGUCUGAACUUGAUCAAGAUUUGGAUGACGUUGAAGAAGUAGAAGAAGAAGAAACGGGUGAAGAAACAAAACUCAAAGCGCGUCAGCUGACUGUUCAGAUGAUGCAAAAUCCUCAGAUUCUUGCAGCCCUUCAGGAAAGACUGGAUGGUCUGGUAGACACACCAACAGGAUACAUUGAAAGCUUGCCUAAAGUAGUCAAGAGACGAGUGAAUGCUCUCAAGAAUCUUCAAGUUAAAUGUGCACAGAUAGAAGCCAAGUUCUAUGAGGAAGUUCAUGAUCUCGAAAGAAAGUAUGCUGUUCUCUAUCAACCUUUAUUUGAUAAGCGAUUUGAGAUCAUUAAUGCAAUUUAUGAGCCCACAGAAGAAGAAUGUGAAUGGAAACCGGAUGAGGAGGAAGAAGUUUCGGAGGAACUGAAAGAAAAGGUCAAGAUUGAAGAUGAGAAAAAGGAUGAAGAAAAAGAAGACCCUAAAGGAAUUCCGGAAUUUUGGUUGACAGUUUUUAAGAAUGUUGAUUUGCUCAGUGAUAUGGUUCAGGAGCACGACGAGCCUAUUCUGAAGCACUUGAAAGAUAUUAAAGUGAAGUUCUCAGAGGCUGGCCAACCCAUGAGUUUUAUCUUAGAAUUUCACUUUGAACCCAAUGAAUAUUUCACAAAUGAAGUGUUAACGAAGACUUACAGGAUGAGGUCAGAACCGGAUGAUUCUGAUCCCUUUUCUUUUGAUGGACCAGAAAUUAUGGGCUGUACAGGGUGCCAGAUAGAUUGGAAAAAAGGAAAGAAUGUUACUUUGAAAACCAUUAAAAAGAAGCAGAAACACAAGGGACGUGGGACAGUUCGUACUGUGACUAAAACAGUAUCCAACGAUUCUUUCUUUAAUUUUUUUACCCCCCCUGAAGUUCCUGAGAAUGGAGAUCUGGAUGAUGACUCUGAGGCUAUUCUGGCUGCAGACUUUGAAAUUGGUCACUUUUUACGGGAGCGGAUAAUCCCGAGAUCAGUGCUGUACUUUACUGGGGAGGCUAUUGAGGAUGAUGACGAUGAUUAUGAUGAAGAAGGUGAAGAAGCUGAUGAGGAAGGGGAAGAAGAAGGAGAUGAGGAAAAUGACCCUGACUAUGACCCAAAGAAGGAUCAGAACCCAGCAGAGUGCAAGCAGCAGUGAAGCGGAAGGCCUGGCCUUGAGGACGGCCUACCCUGAACUACCUUCUGCUUUCCUGAAAAGGAUGGACUUACAUCAUUUGAACCUAUUUUGAAUUUUUCUCUUGUUUGUUUGCCUAAUUUUGUUUUUAUAGCCUACAAUAAAAGUGUCACACAGUU